GUGGACCGGAUCUCCCUGCCGAGUUUGUGGCUCGAGCGUUCGGUCCUGGCCCUCGUUGUGUACCUGAGGCAUUCCUCGUCCUUCACGGAAAACACGGAGGUGAAGAUCCUCCGGGGGUCGGGACAGGAUAGGUGGUGCGCUGAGGGCAAUCGAGCAGUGGCUGCCGGUCGUGUCGGAAAGCUCCGUGGACCCUCGGCCAUCUGCAUCGAUGCAAUCCUGGAGACGAACCUGGAGUUCGCCGAGCCGACCCGAGCUCCGGUCGCCUGCGCGGCGGUGGAGACGUCAUGGCUUUCACUAGCCCUGGCAAGCUUGGAGACGACCUCCAUGACCUGCCAGCUCCAGCGAGUGGAGAACGCACCACUCAACUUGCCCGAGGGUGCGCUGGGUGAAGUGGAUGUGCGCCUGUCGCCUGCGUUGGAUCCGAAGAUUCUGCCGGUGCGCUUUCUUCCUCCUAGCCAGGCCAGUGAGGAGACUGCGGACGAAGUUUCGCUGAGCUUGUUGGGGCCGGUGCGCACAGUGGAGCCGGAAAUGGUCGCAAAGGACAUGGAGAUCACCGAAGAGAUCUUCAAAUCUGGUGACACAUGA